AUGACAACUGCUGUGGGUUCUUCUCGGACGGCAUGGAUCUCAGCGGCUUCGAGUCGGAAGAGUUGGAACGGAACAGCCAGCACAACCCGGACUUUCAGCACGACUCCACGGUCCCAAGCGAGAUUCACACGCCAACAAGAAAUCGACUUAGUCGAAGGACUCUUCACUUCCGGACAAAUUACCAGAGCAGAAUGGAGAGAAAGCGUCUUCAUGCAAGCGGGCGUGCGGGAGGCGAGUGGAGUCGAAGAGAGAGUGAGGUUAGUGAGGGAGUGGUUUGGUGGGGAGGGUGUGCCGGGAGAGGUGCUCGAGGGGGAAGAGGGGAGGGUUUAUGAGAGGUUGUUUGGGGGAUUGAGGGAGGUUGUUGUGCAGGAUAAUGGCGUUGAGGGGGUGGGAGGGGCGGAUGUGGCAGGAUUGCAGGUGCUGCGGGAGGAUGGGAGGGAGGUGGAGUUUGAAGAAGAUGAUGUCGAGGACGAGGUGGAUGGAAAGAGGAAGAGGAGGUGGAAGGAGACGGGCAAUGAGAUGCUGGCGAGGGAUCUGGAGAGGACUUUCGGGGAUGAAGGGGAGGCAUAUACACCUUUCUCCGAGGACGAGGUGCAGGAUGAUGUAUACCCCCGGGACCAACAUGAGCGCGUGGAAGAAGAAGACCCAGGCUUCGUCCGCAUCCACCCUCUCACGCUCGCAAACCGCUUCGGCUCCACGGUCGACAUCCCGAAAACCACCCUCAUAGACCCGAUCACUCUCCUCAUCUCCGACCGCAACAAGCACAUCCCCGAACACGCCCUCCGCAUUUUCGGCGGGCCGGGUCUACCCUACUCGACGUCCACUCCUGCUCGUGGGAGAUUGAUGCAGCAGAAACCCAUUGCUCUGGACGCUACGCAGGGGAACAUGGCGGAGAUGGACGGCGAUGUGUUUCUCGCUACCUUGAUGCCAGGGAUCUUUGCGAGUGUUACGAGUGUGCUCGUCGAGACGAGGAAGAGGCUCGGGACGGAGUGGGCGGAGGGCUUGGUGCGGAAAGCGGAAGAGGGAGAGUUGCGAAUUCUGGACGCGGGAGGGGCGGGCGCAGGCGUACUGGCUGUGAGGGAGAUGUUGAGAGCGGAGUGGGAGAGGAUGCAUGAGGGGGGCAUCGAUGGACCUGAUUCACCCUUGGCGCUGGCAGAGGCGGAUGGAAGAGUUGGAGGAGCGGGUCUUUCGCCUCCGCUGGGUAGCGCUACAGUGUUGGCGGGAAGUGAUGCGUUAAGACGCAGGGCUGCGAAGUUAUUGGACAACACGACUUUCAUCCCGAGACUACCUGACUACCUGCACGCGGAAGAGGCGAAGGUGAAGGGCAAAUUCGACAUUGUCAUCGCGCCCCACUCGUUGUGGCCAUUGAGGGAAGACCACCUCCGAAAAGCACACGUGCAGAAUCUCUGGCAUCUGCUCAAUGCCGACGGCGGCGUGCUUCUGCUCAUCGAAAAAGGUGUCUCCCGCGGUUUUGAAAUGAUCGCCGGCGCGAGGGACAUGUUGUUGGACCGCCACAUCUCCUCUCCCGACUCCACUGAGCGAUCCACGAAUAUCGACGAGCCUGGUGCGCAUGAGUACGCGGACCUCCUCAUGCAGCCGAAAGAAACGGGUAUGAUCAUCGCUCCGUGUACGAACCACACCGCUUGUCCGCUAUACAGCCAGAAGGGAAUGGUGAAAGGUCGGCGAACGAUUUGUUCCUUCGAACAACGCUACCACCGCCCAGCAUUCUUACAGUCGAUUUUCGGACAAAGCGGAAAGAACCACGAAGACGUGGAGUUUUCCUACCUCUCCGUUCUUCGCGGGCAAGAUCUCCGUCAGCAGCCGCAGCCCACCUCCGCAGACAUCGUCCAGGGCGAAGACGCCACCUCGCUCGCUUUUGCCGGCUACGAAGAAGUAAUACCUUCUGCAUCUCGGUUAUUCGCUCCGCCGAAUGGUCUUUCCCUCCCGCGAGCCAUCCUGCCACCGAUGAAGAGGACGGGACAUGUGAUUCUGGACGUGUGCACGCCGAGCGGCACUCUGGAACGAUGGACUGUUCCGCGGAGUUUCAGCAAACAGGCUUUCCGCGAUGCGAGGAAGAGUGGAUGGGGAGAUUUAUGGGCUUUGGGGGCGAAGACGAGAGUUCUACGUAAUGGGACGACUGCGAAGUCUAAAGCCACUACUCAAGGCAAGGUGGAUAUGGAAGCCGCGCUCGUCAAGAAGGGCAAUGCACGCAAUAAGAGGAGUGGAGGCUAUGGACGUGAGAAGGUUCCGAACGCGGUGAAGGAUGAGAGUGGAGGGGUGUUGGUGCAGGAGGGAGUGGUAGCGGAGUUUGGGAGGUUGGAGGAUGGGAGUACGAGGGAGAGGCUGAGGGGACGGAAGGUUAAGGGGGUGAGGGAGAAGAGGGAUAAGAAGGGGACUGGGAAUGGGAGGGUCAAGAUGGGAGGGGAGGGGAGGAGGGUGUUGAGGGAGGCGGAGAUGGUUGCGGAGGGGGGGAGGAGGGACGGGUAA